GUCUCCUUGCGCGGUUCUCGUGGGUUCAGAGGGGCAGCAGGCAGGGUGCGAGGUGGUGGUGGUCCCCAGCCCCCCUCAUCUGAGGCAGGCCCGCUCUCCCGGGGUCUUGGUAUAGUGACCCCCAGAGCCUCCCAUUUUGAGUGGCCUGCAGGGCAGAGCUUGCUUCCCGGGCUGGUUGCCUCCUGCCCCCGUCUUGGGGUGCAGAGCCCUGGGGCUGACCCUUGGUGGCGCUGCCGUGGGCCCUGAGCUGCGCACCUCAGCUCCCAGUGGGGUGGGGAGGGUGAUGACAGGGAGCCCAGAGCCCGGUCAGUGUAGCCUGCGGCCCGUGAGAGCGAGGUGCCCCCACCAGCUGGAUCCCCACCCUCUGCCCGGGGUGAGAACAGCCGCAGGUCCCGGGACCGAGCGCCUAGAGAGCACUGCCCCCCGCGGUGUUGCGGGCCUUGGGCUUGGAUCCCACUGUGCGUGCGGGGAGCGCUUCCUCAGGGAGGAGGCGCGCUCGGGCUGGGGGCCGGGGCCGAGGAGCCCGAGGUGCGCGCGCAGCAGGCGGAGCGCAGCGCCCUGCGGGCCCCGCCCAGGAGUACCCGGGGCGCCGCGCGGUGGGGGCGGGUCUCUGCGGGCGUUAGGCCCCGCCCUCGAGGUCCAUUGGCUGACACCGCCCCCCGCGCCAAUGAGUGACAACUGCUUGCGGAGGCGGGGCGCAGCCACCGCUUCCGCCGGGCCAUGGGGCCGCGCGUGCCGCUGCCGCCGCUCCUGCUGCUGCUGCUGCUGCUGCUGCUGCUGCUGCCACGGGCGCUGCUGUGGGGAGCCGAGGAGGCCGCGCCCCCGUCGCCGCGCCGCGCUCAGGCCACGCUGUCGCCAACGCCCGCCGUGACGAACGGGAGCCAGCCGGGCUCGCCGCACAACAGCACGUACUCGCGGCCGCCGGGCUCGCCGGGCUCGGCGCUGCUGCGUUCCUUCUACGUGCUCACGGGCCUCAGCGGCCUGGCCGCGCUCUACUUCCUCAUCCGGGCGUUCAGGUUGAAGAAGCCGCAGAGGCGGAGGUAUGGCCUGCUGGCCAGCAGCGACGACCCCGCGGAGACGGCAUCGCUGGACAGCGACGAGGAGGUCGUCUUUGAGACGCGGAAUCUGAGAUGACGCUCCGGUCAGGGAGGCGGCAUUUCCAGCAGCCCCGGGGAGAGGACAAGAGAUGGACCCUGCUCCCAGUGUCUGGUGUGCCCCUCUGACCCUCCUGCCAGCUUUGACACGGACUCUGAGAGCCCGCACGGGUCCUGCCUCGCUCGCGCCUCAGGCCGAAGCCGCCUCGGCCCUUCGCCCAGACAGGACUGUGUCGGAUGCUGGGUGGAAAUCAGAGGCCCCGGAGAACGGCGGGAUUAUGACUGGUGCUGCUCCCCCUGCUCCGUGGGGAUGGGGCAGCCCCAGCGAACGCUGGGUGGGUGGGCAGGGCGGGAUGAGGGACCUGUCUGGGGGCGUUUUCCCGUGUGGCUGGGGACAAUAAAAGCCGCCGUGGAUGUGUA